AAAGUUGGCAUGCCUGGGUAGCGCUGCUGGGGGAUGGUGGUUCUGACUCAGUAGUUUGCUGCAUCUAGUCUGAUGCGACGGGUGGGGAUCGGAAAGCGUCUGCGCUGUGUCAUCAUCCAGUGUUAUAAAUUCGGGUGUUCUUCGGAAAUGCAACUGCAAGAAAUCCAGUCGAGUUAGCCCUUUUCUUUUCUCUUCUCCCUAGGAGCCACCAAGACCGGAUUCGCAGGUGGGGGAGGGAGGAAAAAAAAAUAACCAAAGAGCUGAGUGCACCAUGGCAGGAGACAGCGAUCAGACGGUGCAGAACCACAAACCCCGCAAACCCUUUGUAAUCGGGGUCGGAGGGGGCACCGCCAGCGGCAAAUCCUCAGUUUGUGCGAAAAUAGUCCAGCUACUCGGCCAAAAUGAAAUCGACCAUCAUAAGCGGCAGGUGGUUAUUGUGAGUCAAGACAGCUUUUACCGAGUGUUAACAGCUGAACAGAAAGGAAAAGCAAUGAAAGGUCAAUUUAACUUCGAUCAUCCAGAUGCUUUUGAUAAUGAAUUAAUACUGAACACCCUGAGGGAUAUCAUUGAAGGCAAAACAGUUGAGAUUCCUGUCUAUGACUUUGUUUCUCAUUCCAGAAAAGAUGAGACGGUCACUGUUUACCCGGCAGACGUGGUGCUAUUCGAAGGUAUCCUGGCCUUUUAUGUGCAGGAGAUCCGGGACAUGUUUCAGAUGAAGCUGUUUGUGGACACCGAUGCAGACACCCGGCUAUCACGCAGAGUAUUAAGAGACAUCAGCGAAAGGCAGCGGGACCUAGAACAAGUUUUAACACAGUACAUAACAUUUGUCAAGCCAGCUUUUGAAGAAUUCUGCCUCCCAACUAAAAAGUACGCAGACGUCAUCAUUCCAAGAGGAGCAGAAAAUUUGGUCGCCAUAAACCUGAUAGUGCAGCAUAUCCAAGACCUUCUCAAUGGUGGGCUGAGCAAGCGUCAGAAUGGUUAUUUGAAUGGCUACACUGUUUCAUGCAAGAGAGACACUUCGGAUUCCAACAGCAGACCACACUGACCGAAGGCCAAGCAGUAGAAACCCUCUACUGAAGUUUAGCAUUGACUUUACUAUUUACUGUUUCUGGGCAGGGGAAGCCAGCCAACGUCUUACAAUAUUUGUUCAAAAUAAAAUUACGGCUUUACUUUUUCUGGCGACAAUACAGAAUUCUUUCUGAAGCAUUUAAUUUUGCCAAGUGAGUUUUUGUCUAUUGCAUUAACUUUAAAAUAAGUGACAUCCUGCUUUUUGACAGUAAAUUCUAUUAAAUGUUUGUGCUCAAGCAUCUCUGACUAAGAAAUACAAUCCAAUAAUGGAAUACAUUUUAGUUUGGAAAUGUAAAAAUGAAGGCAAAUCUUGUCCUGUUGUGAUCGCCCUUUUGUCGAAUGUUUGCUUUGGGAAACAAAUUAAGAGCAAAGUGUUCACUGUUGCGACUAUAAUACAGAAAUCUGGGUAUUAAUGCCUGUGUAGCAAUAUUUAAGAGACAUACCGUUAUUGAACUUCACUGCACUGAAUGGUUUUACCUUCUAAACCAUGAUGUGCCAGUGGAUUGAUUUUUAAUGUAAAUUGCAGAUACUCCUAGGUAGUUUUGAGGGAGAGGGUGGCAGUGUUUGCAAUUCAGCAGUGUACCUUAAGGAGGUGGGGGUUAUUACCCCAAUAAUAUUUAUAUCUGGAGAUCUUGGCCUGAAUGCAAAAUGCAUUUGUGAUACCUGUGGGGGUGGCGAAAGGGAGAUUAAAUUCUUCAGUGGGUUAGGAAUAUACUGGGCCCAACACUUAAGUGUUACAGUAAAAUAUCACUUUUGAAAAAGAUGAUAUUAUUGAAUUGGACUUGUUUGACUAAAAGCAAUUGUUCUUUAAUACCUGCAAUUUCUAAGUCACUGAUACUUCUUUUGUUAAGCCAUCAUUCAAUUUGAAAAAGGUUAAACUAAUAAUGAGAAGAUGGAUUUACUAUGUAUUUGCAGAAUUUUUUUCAAAAGAAAGAUCACAGGAUAAUUACGAAGGAGGAAGACCAAACAAGCCAUAUUAAUUCAGUUAUCCAGAAAGAUCUUCACUCCCCACUCCACUUUUACAUUGACAACAUCCAGUUUUUUUAAAACGAAAUAAUUCUGGGAUUUUGUGCCUCCACUAACUUCCCAAAAGUCCAAUCUCUUACACUCAGUCACUCACUCUUUCCUGAUAGAGGUCUUAAAAUUUGCCUUUUUAAUAGUUAGAACCUUCAUUCCCUCUUGUCCAUUUAAAAAAAAAGUCAAUUUAAUAAUAAGGUUUACCUUCUCCUUAUUCCUUUAACUAUUUUGUUGCCUUGACUUGAUCACCUCCAGUUUUCAGUAGAUUAACUCUAUGGUCUGAAUCUUUUCACUGGAACUGGAAAAUGAGUGGAAUCUCUUAAUGCAAUCAAACAAAGGAGGUAACAAAUUCUGUCUUUGUUUUCCCCCAAUUGACACCUCCCACCCACCCCUACCCAUUGAAUUUCCAUUACACUCACAACUACUUUCAAUUCCUAUCUGUGGUGAAAGGUUGCACCCAACCACAAUCAUUUUUUUGCCUUUUACAAAUUCUAAGCAACUUUUCUGCAUAUUUCCAGCAUUUUGGGUCCAGAUUUGAAAUUUUAUUACUUGUACAGUUCUUUUUUUACACACAAUGUCCUGUGCUCAAAAUCAACUGACUGAUUGAUUCUGCUCCAGAAUCAACCCACAUGUUAAAAUGCAUUGAUGACAGUUUUUUUUAAAGAAGUUCAGGAUAAACCAACACUAACUUUUUUGUUUGAGUUUCCGUUUCAAUGCUAAGACAUAUAUUGGGCCUCUUUAGUGUCAACUUUCCAUGUUUUCUUUGGAACAUCGAGUGCAGGAAUUUAGGAGUUAACAUUAAAUACCAGUAGUGCCAAGCCAUAAAGAGUAUUUUCCGAGUUAUUGAUUUGAAAAGCAAAUGGCAGCUCUGAGUGUAGUAGAUGCAACUAAAGUUGCCUAAAGUAAGGCCUACAUGUGGAAGGAUUAUAAAUGUCAGAAUACUUUCUCUUUACAGGGAAUAUAUAGUGAUAUGGGUUAAUAUCAUUCAUGUAUUGGAUCAUUUGUGUUUCUCUAACCCUCUGCUCCUAGGAAUCGAUAUAAACAUCACUGUUCUUACUAAAAUUGUGAUCAGUUAAUCCUUAACCAGUUUCCUUAUUAAUAGUUGUGUAUGUCAACGUUUUUGUUUGAAAAGGUGGAAAGAUUAAAUGCUUGCUAACUCUACUAUUUGAAGCUUUGCGUAGAUUGCCUGGUCCCACUCUAAAAUACUCAAAAUAAAAACAAAAAAUGCUGAAAUACCCAUAAGGGUCAUUGAUGUGAAAUGGUAACUCUGUUUCUCCCCACAGAUGUUGCCUGAGUAUUUCCAGCAUUUUCUGUUUCUGUGUCUGAUUUCCAGCAUCUACAGUAUUUUGCCUUUGCCUAAAAUACUUGAAUUUGGCUUUGCUAGCGGAAAGACCAAACGCCUACAAGCUUAUGUUUCGGCCAACUUCUGAACUGUUACAUAUUUUCAGGGUUUUACUGGCUACUACAGAAUGGGGAGUUAAACUUGAAGUAGAAGUAUAAAUCAUUGUUCUACUGUUCCGUUUGACCAAAGUGGUCCUUUCUUGUUUUGUCAUGGUGCAGGUAACCUUUUUUUGUUGUUGGUGAAAGACUUGAUUUGAAUUUAUUUUCUUAAAUUUUGUUUUCACUACUUCCCUUUUUAUUCCCACCACCUCCAGUGCUUUGUAAUAUAUUGUAUGUUAGUCCACUACCGUAGAAAGUUGGGGAAUAAAGGGACUCUUGACGUGGUGUACCUGAAUAAAAUAAGAAUUUUCUAUGGAA